AACUGUCUGAGCUAGCGAUUUAUUUAAAAUGACUUCAGUUUUUAGACCACAUUAUAAGCAAGGAGAAAAAUAUAUAACAAUAUGCUUUAUAACUUUGUUUUUAUUAAUGGUUAGCUAGGUCACUACUCAUUGAUAUCCGGUUUCAGGACACUGAACUAUGAACAGGUACGGUCGCUCUCCACCGAGAAUUGAUGGGAUGGUAUCAUUGAAAGUUGAUAACUUGGCAUACAGAACAACUAUUGAUGACUUGCGAAGAGUUUUCAGCCGAUUUGGUGAAGUUGGUGAUAUCUACAUACCAAGAGAUCCCUACACUUUCGAGAGUCGAGGAUUCGCUUUCGUUCGGUACUGCACUGACCGUGAAGCAGACUGUGCCAUACGCGGCAUGGAUGGCCAUAAGGUAGAUGGACGAGAGGUCAGGGUACAAAGAGCAAAAUAUGGCCGACCAACUCCAAACCGCCGAAGACGAUCGGUUACUCCGCGACGUAAUGGACGGCGUUCUCGUUCUUUCUCGUCUGGUCGUGACAGGCGGUCACCACGUAGAAUGAACGAUCGAUAUCGUCUUCCUUCUUCUCCCCGACACUAUAGUCGGUCGUUAUCAAGAGAACGACGUUGACUGCUGACGCUUAUUUAACUUGUUCAUUGUUUUUAUUGGUUUAUAUAUAUACAUCAUGAAUUGAUCAUCUAACUCAGCCUUUUGCUUUUCUUAUCAGCUAAUAUCCUGCCAAUAUGGAUUGCCUGUAUGCUAUGCUGAUACAUGGGAGAUUGCUGUUGUUCGCAGUGUCAGGCGAGACAGUUUUGAUCAGUUAGCUGUUUGCAGAUUUUUAACUCGGAGUUUAGCUGUUAAUCUGGAAACAUAGUUGUGCUGGUGUGCAGUUAAAUCUUUCCGGCAAAGCGGCUGUCUGAUGGUGAGACUAACAGGUUUUGCUGUGGUGCUGUAGCUGUUCACACAUUGUGUUAUGGGGAUUAGUCGGUGUAGGUCUAAAGGUUGCUCUACAGAGUAACCAAGAUAGUCAAUUCUCAAAGCGUGAACAGAAUUUGCUUGCGGACAUUUGGCGUUGACAACCAAGGUUGCUCAUGCUGGUGGGUGUGUGAGCUGUGGGCGUGGUUACAUGACUGCAGCAGGAUUGCCGAAAAGUGGUGGUUCUAACCCCGUUCUUCGGGUCUAGAUUCUGGUUAUCCUGAUGCGUACGAUAACCGUAUUGUGAAGUCCGAAGAAUUCGCGCCUUCGGUAAGGCAUUUCACGUCGGCCUUCUAUUGUGCGUUGAGUAUGUAACGUAUCGUAUCGUAUCGUAUCGUACCAGUCAUCGUGAUUGCAAUGCAAUUUUUUGACAAUGCGCUGAACAUGGUUGUUUCAAUAUUGUAAGUACAUUUCAACCAAUAAGUUGGGGGUUCUAACCCCACCUCACUUAUGUUUGGGGAAGUCGGGUAGUAUCACUAGCUUUCACACAAACAGUGCGACUCAAAGUCGAGUUUAUAAGCCUGUGCUUAAUAAAUGGGUUACGCCGCAUACUUCAUAUGCUUAGUUUAAGGAGGUCUUCGUGUGUUUGAUGGCUUAUUCAGUAGCCUGAUAGUAUGCUUUAUGUAUUUAAAUGUUGAUGCUAACUAGUUUAUUAGUCUAAGUUUAACUAAAUUUUAUGCUGACUGACUUGAACAUCGAUAAAGAUGAUGGGAUGUAUUUAUUUUGGAAAUGCGUAAAUGCUAUAUUCCAUCGAAUAAAGAUCAGACUGGAGUUUGUCUAUGAGGACAGUUUGUUGUAGGUUGCCAACAAAGGACAAGUGCUUGGCAUAGUGUUUCUAGGUUGAUGUGUCGGUUUCAUGUUCAGGUGUUGACUGUGGGUUGAUCUCUUCGGGAUAAAUUGUCAAAUGAGAUCGCAGCAUUGAAUGUAACGAAGUAUCAUGGAUAUAUAUAUACAGAUUGCAUGUAUGAAUGUCGAAACAAGUCAGCGAUCACAAUGAUGCGUUGGGUAGGGUCUGUUGUGUUGGGAUAAAGUGGUUGUUUCGACAAUGCACGUCAGUUCUGAGUGUCGAGUCAAAAGAUAGAUGGUGUCUAGAAGGCUUAAUUUUGUUGACCUUUUAUUUAUCGUUAAUGUUUCUAUUACGCAAUUGCAGCAUCAGUCGCCUAAGUAUGAAGUAGUAGACUGCGCAAAAUUGUUUCCAGGCUACCCGGGUUUCCAUUGUUUGUGUUCUAUGUAAUGUCUUUGGUUUGGUAAGUGUAAGCUUGACUCAUCUAGCCGGAUUACGUAGUCGUGUACCAGUUGCGAGCAGUUUUGUUAGGUUUAGAAAUGUGGUUGUAAUUCGCCUCGCAUUCUAAUAGAGCCUGACUCUGGUCAGGUGUCAGAAGGAUGCUACAUUAAAAGGAGUGAAUUUGUGGAGGUAAUUUUGCUUCUCAAAUAGCUCCUACAUUGUUUGUUCUCUAUAAGGUCUUCUGUGUUUGUGUAGAAUGUGUGUACGGUUCUAGUUUCUAACAGUGCUAGAUUAGAAUAAACAGUAAUCAUUGACGUUUCCCGUCUCGGAGUUUGUGCAGUAGCAUGUACUUAUGUUUGUAACAAGUCUCUGUAAACAUGGUUGGUGAUUCGUGUUGCAUUUUCAUAGUACCAGGAUAUCGUUCUGGUCUCCCAAAAUGGUAAUAUUAAAGUAGACGGUCGCUAAUGGUAUUCACAUGCCUCUAGUACCGUUUAUAUACUUGUUUUUCAUAGAAAUUGAUUUGAUUGAUCAGGGAUCGUUCGUCUGAGUUCAACCAGGUUGUGGGAUUUACUUACCCUAGAUUGUGCAGAGUGUGAUUCGAUAAUGUUGCUUGUAUGUAAGUACCAGUUGUCACAACGACAUGAGAAGUGGGAUAUGACUGACUGCUCUAAUGUUGAGUGUAUUGCGCCUGAAUUGUAAUGGAGUGUCUGUGGUGUUAUACGUGAUGUGAUUGAGCGUUUGCCUGUCAAAUGUUUCUGAACAAACUAGUGUUUGAUAGCCAUGAGGGAGGUGGACGAUGCCUAAUAUCGUUUAGUUUAGUAUUGAGUGUUUCUGUCUAACUUGGUGUAGCUACUGAAUGGGGAUGUGUUCAUGUCGGUUGUAGUUAGUUGUCGUCACUAGUGUAGUCACCAAUAGUGUUAUGUGAAUAAUGGAUGUCAGACGGUUUGUGUAUAUGAAUCAAAGUGUUGUUAAAUUAAUGAAGGCAGAUAUGUAUGUGUUGAACAUUUUGUCUUGGAUUGUGCUGCUAGAGGAGUGUUAGAUUUUCGCAAGAAUUUGCAUUAUGCGUUCAUAUGUUUCACGUUAAUCAGGAAUUGUUUUGUUGGUGUAUAAGUCGGCGGAUUCGACACACGAGAUCAUAAGUAGAUGGAUAGAGUGGAGAAAAGUAUGUGUUUGUUCUAUCGACUAAUAGUUUGAGUAAUGGUGUCGACCGCUUGUAAGCGUCGUGCAGUUUUCACUCGGGAUCAAUGUAGUAGUAUGGUGUUAGUUGGUUGUCAGUUUCCACUGAGUCAUAUGAUCGUUCAUUUGUUGGGAAUUAAGCUCCUUUCAUCAAAGUGGGUGUCUGUGCAGAUUUGAUUAUGUGUUAUUUAUUUGUGACACGUAACGUGUUUGGUACAAUUAAGUGCUAGGAAACGCACCAUACGAUACGAAGUGAAAAUGGUGUUUAAAUAGACAGAAGUGUUGUGGAAGUCCUGUAAACGCGAUGACAGGACUACCAAAUAAUCACCACUGGCUUUUAUUCUGAGCCAUGUUCAGUGACGUUUCACUGCACUGAGUUGUACGAUUGAUAGGAAAAGGACCCUUGUUGAGUUACGUUGUAGUCGUGGUCGCGACCAGGACUGAUUUAGAUUUUGAUGAUGUAUAGAGAAGCUGUGACGGUGUUUUACAAUUUGUGGGAUAAUCGAAUAAUGUAUCGUUGUGCUUAUGUGACAUGUUGCUUGUGCUCAGCUAAUGAAUUGAUAACUGGUUGUCACCCAUUUUGUGUUUCAAGUGGGCUUCAUGCCUUUCGGAUGUGUGCAACGUGUUAUUUUUAAGCUUUUUAAGGGUACAACUGCCAAAUGUAAGGCCUCGAUUAAUGAAGUUGCUGUUUUUAUUUACGUCGAGACAAUUUGAUUGAGCAAUGGAUUUGUUGGCGAAUACCGUAUAAGUAGUUGUAGAAGUAAUAAAAGAAGAAGGAGGGUGAGUGGGUGUUGAUGGGAAAGUAAGAGAAUGCAGGGUAAGUUUUUAUUCGGUGGCGUGAAUGGAUGUGGCAAGAGAUCAGUUAUGGGGUUUGGUCUGUUGAAUUUAUGCCUGCCUAAUGAAGCGUUUAGUGAAUGUUUAGUAAAGGGCAUCUGACAAAGGCUGGUUAAUAAGCCUAGUGCUUCAGUGAUGCCAAAAUGGACGUAGCAAUCACUGGCGGUGUGCAUCGCAUCCCGUUAAAAUUGCUCCUACAUAAUGACACAUGAUUUUUUUGUGCAUUCCGCUAGAGCCUGACUGUAGUCGGGUGUUCUAGGAAUGCUAUAUUGAAAGGAUUGAUUUGUUGACAAAACUACUGUCUACUUUGAAUCUCUCCUACAAAGUUGCAGAUUCAGAUGUUAGAUUUUUGUGCAUUUUCAUAGUACCAGGAUUAUCGUUCUGGUCUCCCAAAAUGCUAUAUUGAAGUAGACGGUCGCUAAUGGUAUUCACAUACCUCUAGUACCGUUUGUACACUUGUUUUUCAUAGAAAUUGAUUUGAUAGAUCAGGGAUUGUUCGUUUGGGUUUGACCAGGUGAUUGCCUAGCAUUUGAACAUCCCAUAGAGAUGAGAUGACAAAUAGAAAGCGUUGUCAAUGUGAAGUAUACUAUUAGGAUAGGAUUUAUUCUACCAUGAGUGGAGAUUAUCUAGUAUUUGCAUAUUUUAUGCGAACCAAUCUUAUGGGGAUGUUUGUUAGUCCGUAUGAAGAAUUUCAGACUGUGAAGUUUGUAUAUGUGUGGUGUACUGUGUGGAUUAAUCAUUGUGUUUUACUUGGUAAUAAGUGUAGGCAUAGCUGAUUAAUUAUUCUCUCUGUAUUUCAAUUUAUCCUGUCAUAUUUGUUUUGUUUCUCUUUUUAAUUAUUGGUGUCGCUUGCAUGCAUCAUUUAUCACUAUUUUUGUGUAACUGUAUUCUCGCAAAUGAGUUCACUUUUAACUUUUCAGACGAUCGGUUACUCCGCGACGUAAUGGACGGCGUUCUCGUUCUUUCUCGUCUGGUCGUGACAGGCGGUCACCACGUAGAAUGAACGAUCGAUAUCGUCUUCCUUCUUCUCCCCGACACUAUAGUCGGUCGUUAUCAAGAGAACGACGUUGACUGCUGACGCUUAUUUAACUUGUUCAUUGUUUUUAUUGGUUUAUAUAUAUACAUCAUGAAUUGAUCAUCUAACUCAGCCUUUUGCUUUUCUUAUCAGCUAAUAUCCUGCCAAUAUGGAUUGCCUGUAUGCUAUGCUGAUACAUGGGAGAUUGCUGUUGUUCGCAGUGUCAGGCGAGACAGUUUUGAUCAGUUAGCUGUUUGCAGAUUUUUAACUCGGAGUUUAGCUGUUAAUCUGGAAACAUAGUUGUGCUGGUGUGCAGUUAAAUCUUUCCGGCAAAGCGGCUGUCUGAUGGUGAGACUAACAGGUUUUGCUGUGGUGCUGUAGCUGUUCACACAUUGUGUUAUGGGGAUUAGUCGGUGUAGGUCUAAAGGUUGCUCUACAGAGUAACCAAGAUAGUCAAUUCUCAAAGCGUGAACAGAAUUUGCUUGCGGACAUUUGGCGUUGACAACCAAGGUUGCUCAUGCUGGUGGGUGUGUGAGCUGUGGGCGUGGUUACAUGACUGCAGCAGGAUUGCCGAAAAGUGGUGGUUCUAACCCCGUUCUUCGGGUCUAGAUUCUGGUUAUCCUGAUGCGUACGGUAAGCCACUGGAGUAAUUGAUAAAACAUUUUCCAAAAUAUAUAACAGAUAACCGUAUUGUGAAGUCCGAAGAAUUCGCGCCUUCGGUAAGGCAUUUCACGUCGGCCUUCUAUUGUGCGUUGAGUAUGUAACGUAUCGUAUCGUAUCGUAUCGUAUCGUACCAGUCAUCGUGAUUGCAAUGCAAUUUUUUGACAAUGCGCUGAACAUGGUUGUUUCAAUAUUGUAAGUACAUUUCAACCAAUAAGUUGGGGGUUCUAACCCCACCUCACUUAUGUUUGGGGAAGUCGGGUAGUAUCACUAGCUUUCACACAAACAGUGCGACUCAAAGUCGAGUUUAUAAGCCUGUGCUUAAUAAAUGGGUUACGCCGCAUACUUCAUAUGCUUAGUUUAAGGAGGUCUUCGUGUGUUUGAUGGCUUAUUCAGUAGCCUGAUAGUAUGCUUUAUGUAUUUAAAUGUUGAUGCUAACUAGUUUAUUAGUCUAAGUUUAACUAAAUUUUAUGCUGACUGACUUGAACAUCGAUAAAGAUGAUGGGAUGUAUUUAUUUUGGAAAUGCGUAAAUGCUAUAUUCCAUCGAAUAAAGAUCAGACUGGAGUUUGUCUAUGAGGACAGUUUGUUGUAGGUUGCCAACAAAGGACAAGUGCUUGGCAUAGUGUUUCUAGGUUGAUGUGUCGGUUUCAUGUUCAGGUGUUGACUGUGGGUUGAUCUCUUCGGGAUAAAUUGUCAAAUGAGAUCGCAGCACUGAAUGUAACGAAGUAUCAUGGAUAUAUAUAUACAGAUUGCAUGUAUGAAUGUCGAAACAAGUCAGCGAUCACAAUGAUGCGUUGGGUAGGGUCUGUUGUGUUGGGAUAAAGUGGUUGUUUCGACAAUGCACGUCAGUUCUGAGUGUCGAGUCAAAAGAUAGAUGGUGUCUAGAAGGCUUAAUUUUGUUGACCUUUUAUUUAUCGUUAAUGUUUCUAUUACGCAAUUGCAGCAUCAGUCGCCUAAGUAUGAAGUAGUAGACUGCGCAAAAUUGUUUCCAGGCUACCCGGGUUUCCAUUGUUUGUGUUCUAUGUAAUGUCUUUGGUUUGGUAAGUGUAAGCUUGACUCAUCUAGCCGGAUUACGUAGUCGUGUACCAGUUGCGAGCAGUUUUGUUAGGUUUAGAAAUGUGGUUGUAAUUCGCCUCGCAUUCUAAUAGAGCCUGACUCUGGUCAGGUGUCAGAAGGAUGCUACAUUAAAAGGAGUGAAUUUGUGGAGGUAAUUUUGCUUCUCAAAUAGCUCCUACAUUGUUUGUUCUCUAUAAGGUCUUCUGUGUUUGUGUAGAAUGUGUGUACGGUUCUAGUUUCUAACAGUGCUAGAUUAGAAUAAACAGUAAUCAUUGACGUUUCCCGUCUCGGAGUUUGUGCAGUAGCAUGUACUUAUGUUUGUAACAAGUCUCUGUAAACAUGGUUGGUGAUUCGUGUUGCAUUUUCAUAGUACCAGGAUAUCGUUCUGGUCUCCCAAAAUGGUAAUAUUAAAGUAGACGGUCGCUAAUGGUAUUCACAUGCCUCUAGUACCGUUUAUAUACUUGUUUUUCAUAGAAAUUGAUUUGAUUGAUCAGGGAUCGUUCGUCUGAGUUCAACCAGGUUGUGGGAUUUACUUACCCUAGAUUGUGCAGAGUGUGAUUCGAUAAUGUUGCUUGUAUGUAAGUACCAGUUGUCACAACGACAUGAGAAGUGGGAUAUGACUGACUGCUCUAAUGUUGAGUGUAUUGCGCCUGAAUUGUAAUGGAGUGUCUGUGGUGUUAUACGUGAUGUGAUUGAGCGUUUGCCUGUCAAAUGUUUCUGAACAAACUAGUGUUUGAUAGCCAUGAGGGAGGUGGACGAUGCCUAAUAUCGUUUAGUUUAGUAUUGAGUGUUUCUGUCUAACUUGGUGUAGCUACUGAAUGGGGAUGUGUUCAUGUCGGUUGUAGUUAGUUGUCGUCACUAGUGUAGUCACCAAUAGUGUUAUGUGAAUAAUGGAUGUCAGACGGUUUGUGUAUAUGAAUCAAAGUGUUGUUAAAUUAAUGAAGGCAGAUAUGUAUGUGUUGAACAUUUUGUCUUGGAUUGUGCUGCUAGAGGAGUGUUAGAUUUUCGCAAGAAUUUGCAUUAUGCGUUCAUAUGUUUCACGUUAAUCAGGAAUUGUUUUGUUGGUGUAUAAGUCGGCGGAUUCGACACACGAGAUCAUAAGUAGAUGGAUAGAGUGGAGAAAAGUAUGUGUUUGUUCUAUCGACUAAUAGUUUGAGUAAUGGUGUCGGCCGCUUGUAAGCGUCGUGCAGUUUUCACUCGGGAUCAAUGUAGUAGUAUGGUGUUAGUUGGUUGUCAGUUUCCACUGAGUCAUAUGAUCGUUCAUUUGUUGGGAAUUAAGCUCCUUUCAUCAAAGUGGGUGUCUGUGCAGAUUUGAUUAUGUGUUAUUUAUUUGUGACACGUAACGUGUUUGGUACAAUUAAGUGCUAGGAAACGCACCAUACGAUACGAAGUGAAAAUGGUGUUUAAAUAGACAGAAGUGUUGUGGAAGUCCUGUAAACGCGAUGACAGGACUACCAAAUAAUCACCACUAGCUUUUAUUCUGAGCCAUGUUCAGUGACGUUUCACUGCACUGAGUUGUACGAUUGAUAGGAAAAGGACCCUUGUUGAGUUACGUUGUAGUCGUGGUCGCGACCAGGACUGAUUUAGAUUUUGAUGAUGUAUAGAGAAGCUGUGACGGUGUUUUACAAUUUGUGGGAUAAUCGAAUAAUGUAUCGUUGUGCUUAUGUGACAUGUUGCUUGUGCUCAGCUAAUGAAUUGAUAACUGGUUGUCACCCAUUUUGUGUUUCAAGUGGGCUUCAUGCCUUUCGGAUGUGUGCAACGUGUUAUUUUUAAGCUUUUUAAGGGUACAACUGCCAAAUGUAAGGCCUCGAUUAAUGAAGUUGCUGUUUUUAUUUACGUCGAGACAAUUUGAUUGAGCAAUGGAUUUGUUGGCGAAUACCGUAUAAGUAGUUGUAGAAGUAAUAAAAGAAGAAGGAGGGUGAGUGGGUGUUGAUGGGAAAGUAAGAGAAUGCAGGGUAAGUUUUUAUUCGGUGGCGUGAAUGGAUGUGGCAAGAGAUCAGUUAUGGGGUUUGGUCUGUUGAAUUUAUGCCUGCCUAAUGAAGCGUUUAGUGAAUGUUUAGUAAAGGGCAUCUGACAAAGGCUGGUUAAUAAGCCUAGUGCUUCAGUGAUGCCAAAAUGGACGUAGCAAUCACUGGCGGUGUGCAUCGCAUCCCGUUAAAAUUGCUCCUACAUAAUGACACAUGAUUUUUUUGUGCAUUCCGCUAGAGCCUGACUGUAGUCGGGUGUUCUAGGAAUGCUAUAUUGAAAGGAUUGAUUUGUUGACAAAACUACUGUCUACUUUGAAUCUCUCCUACAAAGUUGCAGAUUCAGAUGUUAGAUUUUUGUGCAUUUUCAUAGUACCAGGAUUAUCGUUCUGGUCUCCCAAAAUGCUAUAUUGAAGUAGACGGUCGCUAAUGGUAUUCACAUACCUCUAGUACCGUUUGUACACUUGUUUUUCAUAGAAAUUGAUUUGAUAGAUCAGGGAUUGUUCGUUUGGGUUUGACCAGGUGAUUGCCUAGCAUUUGAACAUCCCAUAGAGAUGAGAUGACAAAUAGAAAGCGUUGUCAAUGUGAAGUAUACUAUUAGGAUAGGAUUUAUUCUACCAUGAGUGGAGAUUAUCUAGUAUUUGCAUAUUUUAUGCGAACCAAUCUUAUGGGGAUGUUUGUUAGUCCGUAUGAAGAAUUUCAGACUGUGAAGUUUGUAUAUGUGUGGUGUACUGUGUGGAUUAAUCAUUGUGUUUUACUUGGUAAUAAGUGUAGGCAUAGCUGAUUAAUUAUUCUCUCUGUAUUUCAAUUUAUCCUGUCAUAUUUGUUUUGUUUCUCUUUUUAAUUAUUGGUGUCGCUUGCAUGCAUCAUUUAUCACUAUUUUUGUGUAACUGUAUUCUCGCAAAUGAGUUCACUUUUAACUUUUCAGACGAUCGGUUACUCCGCGACGUAAUGGACGGCGUUCUCGUUCUUUCUCGUCUGGUCGUGACAGGCGGUCACCACGUAGAAUGAACGAUCGAUAUCGUCUUCCUUCUUCUCCCCGACACUAUAGUCGGUCGUUAUCAAGAGAACGACGUUGACUGCUGACGCUUAUUUAACUUGUUCAUUGUUUUUAUUGGUUUAUAUAUAUACAUCAUGAAUUGAUCAUCUAACUCAGCCUUUUGCUUUUCUUAUCAGCUAAUAUCCUGCCAAUAUGGAUUGCCUGUAUGCUAUGCUGAUACAUGGGAGAUUGCUGUUGUUCGCAGUGUCAGGCGAGACAGUUUUGAUCAGUUAGCUGUUUGCAGAUUUUUAACUCGGAGUUUAGCUGUUAAUCUGGAAACAUAGUUGUGCUGGUGUGCAGUUAAAUCUUUCCGGCAAAGCGGCUGUCUGAUGGUGAGACUAACAGGUUUUGCUGUGGUGCUGUAGCUGUUCACACAUUGUGUUAUGGGGAUUAGUCGGUGUAGGUCUAAAGGUUGCUCUACAGAGUAACCAAGAUAGUCAAUUCUCAAAGCGUGAACAGAAUUUGCUUGCGGACAUUUGGCGUUGACAACCAAGGUUGCUCAUGCUGGUGGGUGUGUGAGCUGUGGGCGUGGUUACAUGACUGCAGCAGGAUUGCCGAAAAGUGGUGGUUCUAACCCCGUUCUUCGGGUCUAGAUUCUGGUUAUCCUGAUGCGUACGACGAUCGGUUACUCCGCGACGUAAUGGACGGCGUUCUCGUUCUUUCUCGUCUGGUCGUGACAGGCGGUCACCACGUAGAAUGAACGAUCGAUAUCGUCUUCCUUCUUCUCCCCGACACUAUAGUCGGUCGUUAUCAAGAGAACGACGUUGACUGCUGACGCUUAUUUAACUUGUUCAUUGUUUUUAUUGGUUUAUAUAUAUACAUCAUGAAUUGAUCAUCU